AUGACGCCGCUCCUCGUCCUUGGCCGCGCCAGGCUCUCCUUCCUACUGCGCCAGCCCUUCGGCUGCACCAGUUCUUUCUUCUCCGUGCAGGAUCUGUGCGUCUGCGCCAUUGUUGCUGUUGCUGGCGACUGUCCUUGGCAGCAGUGCACGAUGGGCGAUGGCCUCAUCUGCUUGCCUGCGAUGCUCUGCGACCCCGCGGUAAACCAUUGUAUUAUGCUCGCCCUGCUUCUCGCCCCGAACGCGUCUAGCCAUAAGGCGGACGUGGGCGCCCGCACGACCGCAGUGCAGCUCGUCAACAGCCACAACGGUCGUCAGCUGUCUGCCGGCGCCGACAGCGUGAAUAACACCAUCCGCGUGAAUGCUACGCGGGCUGCACGUGCGCGUUUGCGGGCCUGUGCCGACAACGUCUCGCUCCUCUUCUAUAGCGACGAAUGGGUCAAGGGCGGGCCCGUGCCGGACAACGACGCGCGGCUGGUCGCGCUGCUCAAUCAGAUGAACAAUAGCAAAUGCGUCGUGCCGCCGCCCUUUGGCAAACUAAAGGCGUUCAAGCUCUCGGAAUCACUCGCCAAACGGCACCGCAGCGGUGCGAUCGUCGACGUAUUUCGGAUCGCCAUGGAGGACCACAGCGCCAGGGCGGUGACUACAUCCAACGUACAUCACACCGACUCGUUGGUCGAUAAGCCGGCGCCAAAGGAAAGAUCAAAGGCGUUCAAGUUGCCGUCGGCAGGCUUCUACGCUGUCCACGCGGCGCUUUUGCUCUGCAGCUCGGUGUCGCUCUUUGGCUUUCAGGACAGCCCCCAAAAGACCUUUCACUACUGGGGCAACCAAUCAGCACUCGACGCCUCCGGCAGCAGACGCUUCCACAACUUUGAAGCCGAGCACGAGUACUAUCAGCGCAGGCUGAAGGACAGCGCGCGCGUGUGUGUCGCACAGGGUUCGUGA